AUGGGUGGGCCUGGAUCUUCAAAGUCCCAGACUCUCUGUAAAUCACCACGGCAUAAGGGGCCUGGCAAAGGCAACAGUGUAACAUACCCUGAAGAGAUAACUGAUCCAGUCAGUCAGGAUGGAGCUACAUCCUUCACUGAAGAAACCGUGUCCAUUUUGAAGUCCAGCAACAUGCUAGCCCGCUCUUUCCUCAUCCAUCCCAGAGGAUUGAGAUGCAAAGACUGUUCUGAGACUGAUGUCAGUAAUAAACUGCAUCAAAAUCAUGAGUUCAUCCCAACUGAGAAAAAAGACGAAGGUUACUGGGACAAUAAAAGAACAAUGAAGCUGAACAAUGAGGUUAAUGACAUUGUGGUAGAGAACAAAGUUUUGACUCUUCUUGAGGACAAUGCAUUCCUGAAAGAUAAGUUAUUGGCACUUAAGUUCCAAUUUGGAUUGAUUAAAUACCCCACAGAUUCACUCACACUGACCCAGUCAUCUGGUUCAUGCACCCAAAGGUUUCCAGCAACACGCUACUACUGCCCCAAUUCGAACCCACAACUCACUCAUCGACACUCAUUGACGAACUCACAUCAUGUUUGUUCAGAUGGGGUGCAAAGCAUUCGAGACAGGGCCAUUGUGUCCGAAGACACUGGGUUUUCCAUCUCUGGGGGGUCAAGCAUUGGGAACCCAGAGUUUUCUGAUGAUGCUGUUGGAGAACCUAUUAGGGCAUAUCCUUACAGAGGUGGAGAGGUGACAGAAUGUAAACUAAGUUCCUAUAUCACUCCAAUUGAUAUAAAUUCCUCAGAUAGGGAGAAGUUAGUGUCUGUGUGGCAAGACAACAGCAUGAAAGGCCUUCCUCAUAAACUGUGCUUCAAAAUGCCAGGUGGAAUUGAAGGUGAGGUUUUUCUUCCAGUGGUGAUGGAAAAGAGUCUCUCUUCAACAAUAGCAGGCCUACACCACUCCUAA